GCCUUCCUCAGAGGAGCUAAGACGAGAGAGAAUCCACCAAGCAGUUGCUGGCAGGCCUCCCCAGGAUUUCACUUGGAUCUUAGCAUGAAGCCCUCCCUGAAGUCCUGUGAGGUCACUCCAUUGCUCAGUGAUGUGAUACAGCCCACCCACUCUCUUCACACCCCAUUAUUUGCAUCCUCCACCUCUGAUAAGCCGUACAAUAUGGGCUGGAGUGUCCUACCUAAGGAGGUUGCCAUAAAUGUGGAAAAGGCCUUGGAAGGAGGGAAGUUGCUGGAUGUAGCCUCUGUGGUCAAGGAGACCCUGAAGACAGCAUCCAGUGCCCCAGUGAACAUUGCAGUGACUGGGGACUCUGGCAAUGGCAUGUCCUCCUUCAUUAGUGCACUGCGGGUAAUUGGGCAGGAGGAGGACUCAGCUCCCACUGGGGUGGUGAGGACCACCCAGACUCCCACUCAUUACUUUUCCUCCCACUUUCCCAAUGUGGUGUUGUGGGACCUACCCGGAAUAGGGGCAGAUACCCAAUGCCUGGGGAACUAUCUGCAGGAGAUACAGUUUAGUCUGUAUGACCUUGUCAUCAUCAUUGCAUCAGAACAGUUCAGCAUGAAUCUCGUGAAGCUUGCAAAAGUCAUCCGGGACCUGGGAAAGAAGUUCUAUAUAGUCUGGACCAAGCUGGACAGGGACAUCAACACAAGUGCCCACUUGAAGGAACGACUCAUGAAGAAUAUUCAGAAGAAUAUCCAGGAAAAUCUCCAAAAAGAGGGAGUGUGUGAACCCAAUAUAUUCCUGGUCUCUAACUUUGACCCCUUAUUGCAUGACUUCCCUAAGCUUAGGAGCACCUUGCACAGGGACAUUUCUGACACCAGGUACCAUGGUCCCCUAGAAAAUCUCUCCCACACUUACAAGAAGGCCAUUAAUGACAAAGUGAUCACUUGCAGGAAGAAAAUAGCCUCAAAGACUUUUGACACCCUUGGUAUCUGGAAUGCAGAUGAUCUGGAGCAAAGUCUGAUGGCCUACCACUUGCUCUUUGGUAUAGAUGAUGAAUCCCUCCAGCAGCUGGCUCAGAGUAUGGGGAAGUCCAUAGAGGAGUACAGGGCCCUUAUGAGGUCUCAAGAUCUAAAUACUGUCCUCAGAGGGGACUGGCUAUUUUCUUGCAUGAAUUGUAAUGUAGUCUCUUGCCUGUGUUUAAUUCUGAGAUGUAUCCCACUGUUAGGCGGCUUUGUUUUCAACUCCCUUAGAAAGUGGAAACACAGAUGCCUCCUUGAAAUAGUUGCCAACGACACCAAGGACAUCCUGAAGAAAAUCCUGACAGACUCCAUCAUCUGAAGAAGUGAUGUCUCAGCAACCUCCUUCUGAAGGGAAGUCAGGACAUCUGGGGUCCUGUCCUCACAUCCUUUCUGAAUUCUCAAUCAAGCUCAGUUACUUUCACUUUCAUUGAUUGUAAGUUCCUUGAGGUAUAUGAGAUGACUUGCUCAUUUUGAACACAUGUCAGGAAAUUCCCAAAUAUAUUGUACUUUUGUCUUUUAUUAAAUGAGAAGUGGAAGAAAAUAUCUGCUCAAUGUGACAUAGAGUCAUCCUGACAUCCAUUUCUCACUUAACCUUACCUUUAUUUCUCUGAUGUCCAUGUUCUUUCACUUCUCAUCUCACACUUUGUGGACUCACACAAUCUUGACCUCCCUGUUUGUCAGUGGUAGACACUUUAAGAUGACCUCUAACAUUUCUUUUUAUUUUCAUGUCUGUGUUUAAGCCCUUUCCCUGGAUUGACUAAUAGAAUAUGGCAGCAAUAAAUGAAUGUCCAGGGACGCCUGGGUGGCGCAGUUGGUUGGACGACUGCCUUCGGCUCAGGGCGUGAUCCUGGA